ACUGCUGUUCCACACAAGAAUUAACAUAUCCAGAUAAGGCAUUGCAUGAAAUAAGAUUAGAGUUCGAAUCAAGAGCUGGAUUCACUGUUCAAAGAUUAACAAGUACACUGCAUUAAAUACUAUGUGCAAGUAACACAUUGAGCAGUUUUAUUGUCCCUUGUAUCUCUUAGAUGUGUAGUUAAAGUUAUCAGGUGUGUGACUACUUCUUUAUCUGGUUGUGUACUCUGUAAGAGUGAAUACCAGAACAGUAUUUUCACCACAAACUCUCUGAUCUACGUAACCAUGGCGGACAAAGAACCCGAAGGCCUGAAAAUCAAACGGGAAAUUGGGUUGAUUGGCGGUGUAUCGCUGGUAGCGGGAACUAUGAUCGGAUCUGGUAUAUUCAUGUCCCCACAGUUUCUACUGGCUAAUGUGGGAAGUCCUGGAGCAAGUCUGGUGGUCUGGGCUCUCUCGGGAGUUGUAGCCAUGUUUGCAGCGCUGUCCUACACCGAGCUUGGGACUGUCAUUUCGGAAUCUGGUGGGGACUUCAUCUACAUACUGAGGAUCUAUGGUUCAUGUCCUGCUUUCUUUGCGGCGGUCACUUUUAUCCUGGUUGUGAAGCCAUUUGGCGUUGCAGCAAUUGCAAUUAGCAUUGCAGAAUAUUCUUUAGCACCCUUUUACAUGGGCUGCCUUCCUCCUCAAUUGGUAGUGAAGUGUGUUGCAGCUGUGGCUAUACUGGUUGUUGCCAUAGUCAACAUCUUGAAUGUCCGAAUUGCCAUCAAACUCCAAGUGGUCUUCUUGGUGGCCAAGGUGGCAGUGUUGGCACUCAUCGUAAUUGGAGGAAUAGUGGAGGUCAUACAGAGCAGCAGGGUCCUUGUGGAAAAUUUGAAAGUUGAGAAUGCGUUUAAAGGCACUCAGUACUCUUUGAGCACUCUAGGAAUGGCUUUUUAUCAAGGACUCUGGUCUUACGCCGGCUGGUACAACUUGAACUAUGUCACAGAGGAGCUAAAAAGACCAGAGGUGAAUCUUCCUAGGGCGGUUGUCAUAGCCAUUUCUCUGGUGACUGGCUUAUAUCUGCUGGUGAAUGUGAGCUACCUGACAGUAAUGACGCCUAAAGAACUCAUGUCCUCCAGCGCAGUGGCAGUAACCUGGGGGAAUAAGGUGUUAGGAAGCUGGGGCUGGAUCAUGUCUGUGGCUGCAGCAUUGUCUGCCUUUGGUUCUCUGAAUGGGACGUUCUUCAGUGGCGGCCGUGUGUGGUUUGUUGCUGCCAGGGAGGGACACAUGCCAGAUAUUCUGGCCAUGGCUCACGUCCGCAGACUGACUCCAUCUCCAGCCCUGAUCUUCACCACUGUUGUCUCUCUUCUGGUGCUGAUCCCCGGAGACUUCCAGAGUAUUGUCAACUUCUUCAGUUUCACUGCCUGGUUUUUCUAUGCCGUCACCCUGUCUGGACUUAUCUAUCUCAAGAUUAAGAAGCCGGAGCUCCCCAGGCCCUACAGGGUUCCCAUUAUACUCCCUAUACUGGUCCUAAUGGCGGCAAUAUUCCUUGUGCUGGCGCCCAUUAUAGACAAUCCUCAGAUUGAAUACCUCUAUGUGACUUUAUUUAUCCUCAGUGGAGCUAUAGUCUACAUACCCUUCAUCCAUUACAAGCUCUGCCCAGGGCUGUUGACCAAGUUAACAGUGUUCCUUCAGCUGUUCUUAGAGGUUGCCCCAGCAGAGAAAAACCUGUGAUUUGGCCAGAAGAAAAAGGUGAUUUAAUUUUUUUUUUUUUUUAUAAAUCUUGUGCUUUUUAACUACACCUAUUUUUGCAAUGAGUCAGGAAACAAUAAUUGCUUCAAUAGCAAGUUAUUAGAACACCCUGUUGGGUUGUACGUUUUAAUGUCUUUGAAUUUUAGCAAUCUGAUCUGUAUUGUCAUUUUCUACAGGUGCUUUAUUUGCUGAUGUCUACAAUGAACCUAGAAAGCACAUGUGAAAAGAAAUAUGAUCCCAAAGUAAAUUGGUAUUCAUAAUAUCAAUCUAUUACCAAAAGAUCAAAAAUGACUCUGAAGUCUUCCAGUUUUUGCCUGUUCAACAGUAAGUGGUUAGACAGAGUAUGUCUUUAAAAAGCUAAGGAUUUCUGGUAUAGUGAAUUUGUUUAAUUUUCCAUUUAAGUUGUGUUUGUUCAUUUGCAAAAGGUUUCAGAUCAAACAUACCGUACAUACUGAACAAAUGUAUAUUUAAAAUAAAUUUCACAACAAGAAAGAAGCAGGGUUGUUAACAAUUUUCCAGUUUAAUGUGUUUACUUAAAUGAUAAUACAUUUGGAUUUGGGGGGAGGAAGAAGAGUUCUCAUUGCCUGGGACCUGCACAUGAUAUGAAUACUGGAGAAAGCUUGAGCCGUCCUCCAAACACACUGAUCCUGAGUGAGAAGAAGAAACACAAACUAAAUGCUGUAGUGACAAGAUUG